AUGUUCCCUCUCCAGAAAAUAGGAAUUGAAGGGGAUAAGAUGGGGUUAACCUAAGGCAAAAAUUAUUAUAAAGACCAGAGUGACGGAGCCUGUCCAGGGCCAUAUGACUUUCGUGAUACUUUCACAUUUCAGGGGGCCACUCAACAAGAUGAUCUCUCCAGAAACUAGAUCAACACGUUUAGAAAUUAAAGAGAUUCCCUAUUCUGA